AUGUCUUCUCCAAACACUCGUGCCAAGGGCUCUUCUUCUUCACGAUCUCUUGCUUAUCUCACCGGAGAUGGUGUUGAUAAUCACGCCAUAGAGGUUCGCCCUCACUGGUUCGUCUCUGUCCUUGUUGAAAUGGUUGCUUUGUUCAAGGAUGAUGCUAAAGCUCCCCUAUGUUUCCAAAGCUCUUCUGCCUUGGCAUCCCAUACUUGGGUUAGCAAGAACCUGAGUCGCUCUUUUCCCUCUAGUGAAGUGAGGAACAAUAUGGUGAAGUGGGCAGAUUGGAUCGAUAAACUUCUUCCAAGAUAUAGAGUUCACUGGAAGAGGGCUGGAAUCUAUGAUGCCAUCCUUCUAUCCAAGCAGUUGAUAAAAACGGAUGAGAAUAUUUUGGCCGUUGCUUUGUGUUUCUGGAAUUCUGUUAGUAACACUUUCGACUUCCACCUAGGCCCAAUGACUCCAACUCUGCUUGAUAUGGCUCAGAUUUUUGGGUUUAUGCCUCAUGGAAGGCCUGUCGAUGCUGUUGCAAUUCUGCUUGACUACAAGCAUUUGGCAAAGGCUCUGCGUAAUCACACUGAUGUGAGGCUUGGUCCAAUGGUUCUGGCCCAUUUAUACAAGAAUCUGCACAUCGCUACUCUGGAGAAUCCCCUGAACUUUUCUACUCCUAGCGCAUUCUGGAUGAUCCAGAUAUGGCUUCAAGUAUACUUCCCAGAAUUGAGGUUCCCAGACAUCGUUUUGCCUGAAGACCGACCUGCCCUAUGGAGGUGGAAAGCCUCCAAAUUAUCAAUUGGGGGCAAAAGUCUCAUCCUAGGAACCGAAUUUGAUGCUUGGUGGAAAGCCAGAUUCCAAGAGGUAGAAGCCAAGAACUUCAUGGUGCAGACCAUUAAAGACCUUAAUGCUCAAGUCAUAGAAGGUAGAUUCUUGAUUCUGUGUCUAACAUUUUGUUUUCUCUGUAACAGAUCCCUCCCGAUAAAGAACAUAGGCAGACAAGCUAUCCAAGAUGGAGAAGUGAUUGUCACUUCUGUCAUUGUUGCUGGAGACUUGGAGCUUCCCUUCGGAGAUGAGGAGGAUGAAACACUGACAGAACAACCAGCUAUUGAGGCGACCCCUUCUGGUAGAAGGAACAAGAGAAAAGAGACUGCUCCAGUCCAUGAUAAUGUUGUCCAGCCUGAGACUUAA